AAAUUAUUUCAAAACUAUUUGGAAACGUACGUUGAUCGUACGUUAUCCUGCGUCGAGUCGAUUCGUACGUUAUCGAGUAACGAUAAUUACAUGGAGGGAGGGUAACACGAGUUAGUACCUCACGAUCGCGUGCACAGUAAAACACUUUGGUGGAAUCGUCGCCGAUCGACGUUCAAUCCUACUCUUUCUUUCAUGCACGCUGAUUAUCGAUCGCUGCAUCCGCAUUAUUCGCGUCUCGUCGCGAGCAACGCGUUCGUGAAAUUCAUCGUCGAAGUAAAGUCGAUCUAACCACCGAAAUUACGAUCACUCGUGGGUAGAAGUCGACGAAGAGGGGCAACGUGAAAUUUUCUGUACCGUUUGUGCAUUUCACCGAACCAUGUCUACGACCAAGAGAUCAUUGUGGAAAAUAGACGCCGGAAUCACGUCGGCGUGCGUACUAGGGUUCGCCGCAUCUUACUACGCUUACGCGGUGGAGACCGCCAAGGAGGAUGACGAUUCUUACGAGGCGAUGUGCGACAUCAGCGAGCACAUCAGCUGCACCAAAGCAUUCUCGUCCGAAUAUGGGAAAGGAUUCGGAAUAAUUCCAGAGUCGUCUCUUCUAUACGUACCAAAUUCCAUAUACGGAAUAGUAUUUUAUACUUUAGUCGCGAUACUGAGUACCAUUAAUAAAUAUCCCAUUUCGGCCGCCGUCGUAACGUUGGGAAUACUAUCGAACAUCGCCACGUUUUACUUGGCCUAUCUUUUGUACGUGCUAAAUAACAUCUGUGUGAUCUGUGUUAGUACUUACAUCUUAAACGCUAUUAUCUUAAUACUCGCUGUUAAGAAGCAUCGGAAACUAUAUCGAAAUGGCACGAACAAGAACAAGAACAAGAAGAAGAAGAAGAAGUCUAAUUAAAUAUUGAUCUUUACAAGAAACAAAUUGUCUCGUACCAAUUGUAUAAAAAAAAAAACUCCCUAGAUACCGAUCAUUUUAUUCAUUUUUAUAUUCUUUACUUACGAUUAUUACGCUUCGUUUAGUAAUACUUUACAUGUUAUAUCAACGACGUUUGUAUGCACUAUUUUGAUAUACCUCUUGUUGAAAUAAAAGCUAUAAAUGCAAACAAAUCUUGUGUAAACCGUGAUUUCGAUCCUUCUAUAAAAUCUUUCGAUGGAAAUAUUGCUAAGAACGAUUCACGACGUCUUCGUCGACUUGAUAUGUAAUCUCGGAAAUGUUACCCGACACGCGAAGUAAAGGAAACUCUAUCUCGCGUUGAGUGUUGCGUAAAUAAAAUAAAAUCUAUCAAUUACGAUCAACAUAGUGGUUUACAGGCAGCGUCAACGUUAUUGUACACUGUACAGAAUAUUUUAGAAAACAUUCUAGCAAUAACGAAUACUCGCGUAACGUUUUCGACUUCAAUUAAAUUGAAUUAGAAAUAAAAUUAACCCUCUCAUUUCCACUACUACGAACGAUAGGUCAGACACGACUGUUUUUUAACACUUACGAAUUUGACGGGUUUGAAGUU